UUAUAAUAGUUUACUUGAUUACUAUGUUUUCGUGACUAUUAUAUUUGUAAGUGAAGUGCUUAGAAAGAGACUAAACAAUAAACAUGUUUUUCUUAAUACUGGGCCUUGUAUUCAUCGCAAACGGCGGUGGUGCUCAGCUAAACGAAGAUAGCUGCGACGCGAGUGAGCUGAAGAAAUGCGUGGAGUCCACGCCGCGAACUCCUGUCGGGCUGCCGCGGACCAAGGAGGAGCUGGAUGCACACUGCUUAGCUUACCACACCGGAAUGUCGUGCAUGGACACAUGGAUCAAGCGCUGCCUGCCCACCGAUGGGCAGAAGCUGGUGCAGCAGCAGAUCGGAGGGGCGAGGGCUCUCAUGCGAUUCCUUUGCACUAAUGACACAGCUCUACGUAGAGAUUUUCUGAAGGAGACGAGUUGCUGGGCGAUAGUAUCGCCGGAUUGGUCUCGCUGCGUCGACGAGUUGCAGCUAGCCGUGCGUGACAUAUCCGAGCGCUCGCACCAAAUCGUUUACUUCAAUAAGAACUCGGAACUUUGCUGCGCACGUGACGAGUUCGUGUCGUGCGUGUCGCUGGCAGGACGCGCGUGCUCGCUGGCGGCCGGCACUCUGCUGCGGCGCAUGGCGUGGGUGCUGGCGCAGGAUGUGGCGGCGUGUAGCGCGCAGACGAGGGCUCACUGCGCUGCGCCUUUGCCACCAUUGCCUGCGGUUACUGCGCCAUUGCUCACCGCCAUCUCAGGAGCCCUCCUUUACCCGCCUCGACUGUAAGAAUUAAUGGUGCGUGUCGCUGGCGGGACGUGCGUGCUCACUGCUGCGGCGCAUGGCGUGGGUGCUGGCGCAGGACGUGGUGGUGUGCAGUGCGCAGACGAGGGCUGACUGCGCUGCGCCCUUUCCGCCAUUUCCCGCGCUCGCUGCGCCAUUAAUUAUUAUGAUUUCUUGCUCUCACAGAACUUCGAUUAUAAAUCAAUACAACUAAUAUUACUUUUUAUACGAACAGGAUCAAAAUGUUCAAGCUCGACCUCCGUGGCGCAGUGAUAUCCCCGGCUGGGCCGAUUGAAGUUUUCUUAAUUGGGCCAGGUCUGGCUGGUGCGAGGCUUUGGCCGUGGCUAGUUACCACCCUACCGAUAAAGACGUACCGCCAAGUGAUUUAGCGUUCCGGUACGAUGUCGUGUAGAAACCGUAAGGGGUGUGGAUUUUCAUCCUCCUAACAAGUUAGCCCGCUUCCAUCUUAGAUUGUAUCAUCACUUACCAUCAGGUGAGAUUGUAGUCAAGGGCUAACUUGAAAAGAUAAAAAAAAGAUAAAAAAAGCUUUAAAUAGUUUUCAAAUAUAAAAAUCCAAUUUAUUUACCGGCGCCAUCGAAAAAAAAACGCUACGAACGUUGUCUACGUAAUGAUAUCCGAUACGAUAAAUCAUAAAACUGACACACAGUUGUUAUAUCGCUGGUUUUCCGCUGUGUUUUACGCUGGACAUGUGUCGUAAAAUAUAUGUAUAAUGCAUUUUUUAAGAAAUAAAGAUGUAUUUUAUUUUUUAUUUUACCAUAUUACUCAAACGAAAAUAACUUUAAAUGCUGUUAAUAUUGUUUGAUAGUAACUUGUAAGAAAGAACUAUUUAUGUAGUUCUGCCCCUGUAGCCAUGUGGCACGUCGAUUCUCUUUCUACUAUCGCAAACGCUUCGAAAACUAGAAAAAUUUAUGGGUAUGUCAGAUCUUGAUCACGUGGCCUGUCGAUAGCAAAUGUCAUAUCCAUACAUUUUUUAGUUUUCGAAGCGUUUGCGAUCGUAGAAAGAGAAUCGAACUGACUUGUAAAUUUAAAAUCAGCCCUAAUUACUCCUAUGUUACAUGGUUUUAUUACUGAACUAAAUGAAACUAAAAAUGUUGAAUUUCCUUGUAGCAUUAGGAAA